GAACUUGUUGGAUUGCCUUCUUUCUUCCCAGAACUACUCACAAGCUUCAUGGAAGGGAUGAAAUGUCAUCUGGACAGCAAUUCACCCCGAAUCCGCUUGAUGGGAAUGGUUGUGGCAGAAUGCCUUAGCGAGAAGAUUACACCUGAAGGCCCUGCCUUGAAAUUCCAGUAUGAAGAAGAUGAUGAAAUCAAAGAACUAAAAUCGUUGGUGACAGAAAAACCUGAUGAAACAACUGUCAGUGAUACACCAAGUAUCAAGAACGGUAUCUCAGCCGCAGGUCCAAGAGAGGUUCCGAAGCCCAGCAUGAAAGAAGUCCCUGCUGCAUCUAAAGAAGUGGCUCAAGGAACGGACUCCGAACUUGAUAGUGACGACGAGCUUCUUCCGUAUGACAUGUCCCAUGACAAAGAACUGAAAAAAACCAAGGCUCCCACCUACCUUCGAGACUGUCUUGAAAUCUUGACUGGGCCUGAAGAUGCCGACAAAUAUGAAGCUGCGAUGACUGUCCUGGAGACUCUGAUCCGAAAGAAUGCAGCAGCCGUGCAGGAGAUGGGUGUGGAACUGGCAAAAGUAUUGCUGCAUUUGGAAGAGAAAAGCUACAUCGAAGGCUUUGUGGGGCUUCGGCAAAGUGCCAUGGCGGCCAUCGUUGUCAUCCACCCAAUCCCAGUGGCUCAGUAUCUGACCUCUGAGUUCUACUCCUUGAAUUAUAGCCUCCGCCAGCGGAUGGACAUCUUGGAUGUGCUGACCAUGGCGGCUCAGGAACUUUCUCAGCCAGUGUCUCCAGACUCAAAGCAACCUCCCCCAAGCGAUGGCAGCCAGAUUCAGUUUAGUGGGAGUUCUUCUUCUGAUUGGCAAAAAGUUGUGGAUGAGAGGAUCAAAAACAAGACCCGGAGGUUUGCAAAGGGCCGGUCCCAAGCAGAGCCACGAUGUGCACCUAAUCGAUUUGGUCCUGUUGCCGGCCAUUUCUUCUUCCCACUUCUUCAGAACUUUGACAGGCCACUAAGCACCUUUGACCUUCUGGGAGACGAUCACCUGGUCUUGGGCCGCCUGGCACAUACCUUGGCCAUUCUGAUGUAUUUUGCUGUCAACACUGUGGUAGCAGCUGCAAUGGGAAAGGCACUAUUGGAGUUCAUCUGGGUGCUGCGUUUCCACACAGAUACAUACGUGCGCCAAGGGCUCCUCUCUUGUGUUUCUUCCCUGGUCCUUAGUCUCCCUCCUGAGCAUCUCCUUGAGGACAUGGCAGAGGAGCUUUUGGAAAUCAGAUUUUGGUUGGCAGAUGUUGCAGAGAAGGAUCCAGAUGGUGAGAGCAGAAGGCUGGCGGUGCAGAACCUGCUCCUGGUCGAAAACCUGAAAAAAAGGCUCGAAAGCUCUCCUCCCUAAUGAAGGGGAGGCCCUUUUGCUGCCAUCUUGAUUAAGUUGAUGGUUCAGGAUAUCUACAACUGUUGAGUAGGAUGUUGACACAGCGGAUGUGGAAAUUAUGUCCCAUGCCACCAUGAGACCCAGAUAAUUUGCACAAAAGAGCAGCCUGCUUAAUCAGGUCACUGGUUUUCUGCAACUCCUGUUUGUGUAUAUGUGAAAGAACUGGAAUCCACAAACACAAAUGGUCAGUUUGAUGCUAGAUGGUUAAAAAAUGACCAUCCCCUCUUUGUGCAACAUGGACAUUCAAGACCCCUGAAGCCACCCUCCAUGUCUAUUGCAGCAGGAAGCCUACAUUUAUAUGGUUUUUGGCCAUUUCCGGUCCCUCUCCUCCAGCACCUCAACUUUUUCCGAUAGAGAAAAUGUACUGAAAACAUGUUUUUUUCUUAAAAGAUUAAAAAAUAAAUUAGUAUUACUAAUGUUAAACUUUUUCUACCCAGCCUUCUCCCUCUUAAAAAAUAAUAAUCAAGAUCCAAUGGUAUUUUGAGGUUUAUGAAAGCAAUGCUUUGUCCUGAAUGAUUUCCAAAAACUUUCCAUCUUGUAAUUUGAUAUAAAAUGCAUAAAACAAGUAUAUUAAA